AUGUUAGUUGAUCCUCUUUCAUGGGCUAACGAUUUCAAAUUAUGCGGCGGCAAGAAACAAUCACCUAUCGAUAUUGUAACUGCUAACAUGAUUCACAUCCCGAACAUGUCUCCAUUAGUAUUUACUGGUACCCCUUCUGGUGGCUGUACUUUAAUCAAUACUGGCCAUGCUGUCCAAUGUACCUUAGAUCCUACCUUUUCUUACUCUGUUACUGGUGGACCAUUCAGCUACAACUAUAGACUUGGACAAUUCCACGUGCAUUUCGGUUCGGACGCUACUAAAGGAUCAGAACAUCGUCUUAAUGGUCGUGCUUUCGCUGCAGAGGUCCAUUUUGUCUUUUAUAAUAGUGACAUGUACCUUAGCGUUGCUGAUGCCGCUGAUAAUGCCAAUGGCCUCGCUGUUAUUGGUGGUCUUGUUGAUCUCCAUGCUAAACAUCAUAACGAAUUCGAUAAGAUUGCAAACAACGCCCAAUACGUUAAAUAUGCUGGUGAUACCCAUUACAUCGCAAAUUUUGAUGUCUCUAAAUUAAUGCCCCAUCAUCAUUACUAUGCCACUUACGCUGGUUCUUUAACUACACCAACUUGUGAUGAAUCUGUUACAUGGGUUGUUCUUAAUAAUCAUAUCCACGCAACUGAUGCUCAGCUUAACAAAUUAAGAACUCAAGUUUACACUGGAGAUGCUAUCGAUCCUGGCGUUUUGAUGGUUAAUAACUUCCGUCCAGCUCAACCACUUAAUGCGCGCAGAGUAUUUUUCAAUUAAAUCAUUCUUUGACAUGUAUACUGCAGGCUAAAAUUAGCCAUGGUUUCAAUAUUAUCUUAGAUCAGAUCUAACUAUAAGUUAUAAAUAAAAAGUUGAA